GGGGUAUUUUAAUAUUUCCUAUUAAUCUCAGAUCGACAUUUUAAAUAUUGACAGAUAAAGAAAGCGAUAAACAUUGUCUUAUCACCAAGGGUGAAAUAAUACGACUUGUCAAACGGUGUUCUUCAACUAUAAGUGUUGCUAUGAAAUGAACGUUAAAAGAAAAGCCUGGGUAGCACGGCACUUCUUGAGAUGGGUUAAAUUUACAUUGGUUUGUGUGCUGCUGCUUUCACUUCCCAUGUUCUACCUCAAUUUGAAACCUUAUCAAGUCAUGCCAAAAUCUUUUAUUUAUGACGACGGCUGGCAACAAAGAGGAGUAUGCAACUUUUCAAAAAUAUCUGCUGCGCAAAUUACAACUUUGCAUGACACCGACUUCGACCUGAAUAUGUUUGUUCAUAAUCCGAAAAUGGAUCAGAUAUCUGAAAUAUUGUACCAUUCGAAUAAUUUAAAAGACGUCCCGUCCGCAAAGCUGGUUAAAGCAUUUCUAGACGUGUUCACCGAUAUUGGUUACGUCAUCGAUAUUGGAGCACAUGUAGGUUCGAUUUCUAUUUUAUCUGCUUUGAUGGGGAAAAAAGUUAUAGCUAUUGACGCAGAUAAGGACAAUCUAAAUCUCUUGUGUUCUUCUGUAGUAAAUUCAAGAUUGCAGAAAAACGUUGUCAUAAUUCAUGGAGUCGUAGGCAUGAGUCAUAAGGCGGUCACAUGGGCAUAUCAAACCAAUGGAAACCACUCCGGAAAUUACGUAGAUACUGAAGAUAUCACGUGGUCGCAAAAAUCUGGAUCAAACUGGCGUUUAGAGGGUAGAUCUCCUUUCAUGCUGGACAAUAUGAUUGACAUGCUUCCAAACAUGUCAGCCAGCAACGUUUUCGUCAACAUUGAUGUGAAUGGCUACGAAAACAUUGUGUUGUCUGGAUCACAUUUGUUUUUCAAGAAAACGAAAGUUAGAGGAGUUCUUAUAAACUUUAAAUAUCACAAAUCGAAACCAUCAGGUAGCUUCAUUGUUCAAAUAUUAAAGAAAACGGGUCUGCAUCCAUAUUGCUAUUUAAACAAUACACUUGUCAAUUUAGAAAAGUACAAAAUAAGUGACUGGCCUGAUCAAAUAAUGUGGAUCUGAAG